AUGAGUGCCAACAGCUUGUUUGAUACGCAGUUCGUCGUGAAGGAGAUUGAUCCGGAUGGCAAGAAGUUCGAUCGCGUGUCGCGUAUUAUUGCGUCGUCGCCGACGCUGGACAUGACGCUGUCGAUCGAUAUCGCUACCGACAUUUACCCCAUGCACGUGGGCCAGCAAUUCGCAUUCCAGCUGGUCUCGUCCCUGCGUCGCGAGAAGGCGGAUGCCGAUACGGAUGCCGCGGCGGAUCGCGAGGCAUGGCGUCUGGAUGACGACGAUGCUUCGUUGGCGAAGGACUUUGACUAUGUCAUGUACGGCAAGAUGUUCAAGUACGAUGAGCGCAGUGCUGAGCAGGUGACGGUAUACGGCUCGUUUGGCGGCCUGCUGAUGGCGCUCACAGGCUCGUUCCGUCACCUCAGCAAGAUCACGGUCGGCGCGAAUGUGUACCUACUGAUGCGCUAA